CCCUUUAUCCAUUCAAACUGCAUAGCCCAUAAUGCAAUGUAAAUCGUGACGUCACUAAUCGACGCACCGGUCUGCUGCCAGUCUGCCACAGACAGCUGAGGGUUUUCGGACUGACUGGAGACCCCGGCCCACCACGGCCUUUUUAUUACCGAAACGUCGGAGUCCACAUUGUGUUUCAAUGGCGAAAACGUACGAUUACCUCUUCAAGCUGUUGCUCAUCGGAGACAGUGGAGUCGGCAAGACAUGUCUGCUGUUCAGAUUCAGCGAGGACUCCUUCAACACCACCUUCAUAUCCACAAUAGGAAUUGACUUCAAAAUCAGAACAAUAGAGCUGGAUGGAAAGAGAGUCAAACUGCAAAUUUGGGACACUGCAGGUCAGGAGAGGUUUCGCACCAUCACCACAGCUUACUACAGAGGAGCAAUGGGCAUUAUGUUGGUGUAUGACAUCUGUAAUGAGAAGUCAUUUGAAAACAUAAAAAACUGGAUUAGAAAUAUCGAAGAGCAUGCCUCGUCUGAUGUGGAGAAGAUGAUCCUAGGUAACAAAUGUGACAUGACUGACAGGAGACAGGUGUCCAAAGACAGAGGUGAAAAACUGGCUAUUGAUUAUGGAGUGAAGUUCUUAGAGACCAGUGCAAAGUCUAGCUUAAAUGUGGAAGAGGCUUUUUAUACAGUGGGACGAGACAUAUUACAUAACCUGAGCUCAAAGACAACUGACAACAGUGCUGGGGGAUCAGGCAAAGCAGUGAAGAUCACAGAGAAAAAGUCGAAGAGGAUAAAAUUCUUCAAGUGUUCGCUCCUCUAGAUCUCUAGUUUUCAUGAUUCCAGCGGGACUUUGCUGUUUUUUGGAGGGCUCUUGCCUUCUGUGCGUCUUCACAGCAGUGGCAGCAGUGGUCAUAUUCAGAGGGCCUUUCUGCCAGCUGAAGCUCACAAGUUCAUGAGUGUUUGAGAUGCCACCCUGUCCCGUUGACCAGAGGAGGAUCAAUGAGGACUAAGGCCUAAUACUGUGUAUACAUUCAUGCAAAGACUUGUGGCGUAACCACUAGCAUUGGUUUGUAGCUGGUCCUGCAGUGUCUGCUUACAAGAGGCAGUGAUUCUGGGGGCACUCAUUAUACCUCUGCUGGAGCUUCGUCACACAAAAUUGUCUUAUAAAUGAUCAGAAAAUGAAAACAUUUACAUUUCAUAUAUUGUAGCAUUAAACUACCUGUUGUCAUACUGACUACCACGGUGCUGUCAGACAUAUCUAGUCUCAGUAUUGAUUGUAUUUGUGUAAAUCAAUGUAUAUUGAUGAGACAUAAUCUCCUGUUGCACAGGCAUCAUAUCUCUGUUCAUGUGUGCCUAGAAGGACUCGGAAAUUACGAUAGAAAAGACAAAAAUACGUUCGAGUAUAUCUAACUUUAUUAUUUAUUCAAACCUUCAUUUAUACAGGUUCUUGUGUCAAAAUGGAACUGUGAAAAGUUGCGUACUUACUCCAUAUUGUUAUGUGAUUGUCAGUAUUUGCAUGAAAGCUGUAGGGAUACCUCAGAGAGGAAUAAUAUAAAGCACAUUUUGCAGUGAUUGAAAAACAAGUUUACGGACAGUAUUUGAAAGUGUCAAGCGUAUAUGAGAAUGUCAUGUUUUUGCUGUUCACAUAUUGUACAGUCUGUCAGCACAACCUACUGUUGUGUAUAAACUCGUUUUCUUCAACUGUAUACAUCCAGCAGGUUUCCUUUACAAAUCCAACAUAAAAAUACAAUGACAAGGGAAAUCUAUAAUGUGAAUGAUUGUAAGCUAUUGUAUGGUUACUUAAUGACAAGUAAAGAAAGUGGGUCUUUCAAA